AUAGGAACAGAAGUGGAGUCAACCCGCAAUAACUAAACCAGUGACGGAACCCGCAUUGCAUCACAGAAUCAAUUCCUGGCCAGUGCACGCGCCCCAGGCUCUGCCGGCUUAAUUACUCUUUUACCUAUCAGCGCGUGCAGUGCUCACUAAUCCAAAGCUUUAGGUGAUGCAUUAACACCGACAAGUAUGUUUUAAUGGACGCGCUUGGCUUUUUUUGAAGUUUAGCUUCCAGUCUGAGGCGAAUUCAAAGGCGAGCGAGAGGCAUCAGCAACAGGGCACUGCCAAUUCACCGGCGAGGACAAUUACACAGAAAGUAUCUCGAUCGUCUAGACGAACAAUUGGGACCGAAGAGCACCGACGUCAUUAAUCGAUACUGAUUUCGUUCUUUAAUUGUGUGGGGAUUUCUUACAUUUUUGCGUCAUUAAAUGGAGCGGCGUAGGUGACGUUUGGACUGUUGCGUUCAAGAGGAGCUCUUACCAAGACUAAAAGCCGGCGCGGAAAAAUAUGUAUGGACGCUAUACACAGGAGUUGGGGGCCUAUGCCAAAGAAGAGGCAGCUCGUCUGCGUGAGGAUGGAGCGCUGCGGAGGAGCACCAGUGUACGCGGCCAGGCUCCAGAACUGCUGGAGUAUGAGAAGGACCCGUGUGCCAAGUGUCAAGUCUGUACGUCCCGGUGUCAGAAGUUCUUAAUUUCCCGUGUGGGUGAAGACUGGAUCUUUCUCAUCCUCCUGGGGCUUCUCAUGGCAUUGGUCAGCUGGGCCAUGGACUACACUAUUGCCUUCUGCCAGCAAGCACAGAAGUGGAUGUAUGGUGGUCUGCACAGUAACAUGUUGCUGCAGUACCUGGCCUGGGUCACUUACCCAGUGGUUCUCAUCACCUUCUCUGCCGGCUUCACACAGAUAGUGGCGCCACAGGCAGUGGGCUCUGGGAUCCCAGAGAUGAAGACCAUUCUCCGAGGUGUGGUGCUGAAAGAGUACCUCACUUUCAAAACCUUUGUCGCCAAAGUGAUUGGCUUAACUUGUGCCCUUGGAAGUGGCAUGCCUCUGGGCAAAGAGGGACCAUUUGUUCACGUUGCCAGUCUGUGUGCUGCUCUGUUGAGCAAAUUCAUGGCCUUGUUUGGAGGAAUCUACUUGGAAGAGCCCUUUGAGGGAAACAAGAACGAGCUGAGAAACACAGAGAUGCUGUCAGCCGCCUGUGCAGUGGGGGUGGGCUGUUGCUUUGCAGCCCCUAUUGGAGGAGUGCUGUUUAGUAUUGAGGUCACAUCUACGUUCUUUGCUGUGAGGAACUACUGGAGAGGGUUCUUCGCUGCAACCUUCAGUGCCUUUAUCUUCCGGGUGCUGGCGGUGUGGAAUAAGGAUGAGGAGACAAUCACGGCUCUCUUUAAAACACGCUUUCGUCUGGACUUUCCCUUUGACUUACAAGAGCUUCCAGCUUUUGCUGUGCUCGGGAUUGCCAGUGGUUUUGGAGGGGCAUUGUAUGUCUACCUAAACAGGAUCAUAGUGGAGUCUAUGAGAAAACAGAAAACCAUCAACAAGUUUUUGCUAAAAAAAAGACUAGUGUAUCCAGCAGUGGUCACUCUUCUUGUCUCGACACUCACCUUUCCUCCAGGGUUUGGACAGUUUAUGGCUGGCCAGCUGACUCAACAUGAGUCACUAGUGGCACUGUUUGACAACCAGACCUGGUACAAGCAAGGUGUUGCUGAGGAGUUUGUGUACUCAAGUCACGAACCUCAGGCCUGGAAGCACCCACAAGUCAGUGUGUUCAUCACACUCCUCCUCUUCAUUGUCAUGAAGUUCUGGAUGUCAGCUGUGGCCACAACAAUGCCUGUGCCUUGCGGGGCCUUCAUGCCGGUUUUCCUCAUUGGAGCUGCGUUCGGUCGACUGGUCGGCGAGAGCAUGGCCGCCGUCUUCCCCGAUGGGAUACACAUCGACAGCACUGUAUAUCCCAUAGUUCCCGGCGGAUACGCAGUUGUAGGGGCGGCGGCUCUUUCUGGCGCAGUCACUCACACCGUGUCCACCGCCGUCAUCGUGUUCGAGCUGACCGGUCAAAUCUCGCACAUCCUGCCCGUGAUGAUCGCUGUGAUAUUGGCCAAUGCCGUGGCUCAGAGUCUGCAGCCUUCCCUCUAUGAUUCCAUCAUCCGGAUCCAGAAACUUCCCUACCUGCCAGAGCUGGGCUGGGGACAGGAGAAAUAUAAUAUCCGUGUGGAAGACAUAAUGGUGAGAGACGUACGGUAUAUCACUCUCUCCUCCUCUUACCGGGAUCUGCAGGAAGCUCUCAUAACAGGCCAGCUUAAAACCCUGGCCUUGGUGGAGUCGAAAGAGUCCAUGAUCCUGCUGGGCUCUAUGGAGCGCUCCCAGCUGCAGACCCUACUCUCGCAGCAGCUCAGCCGAGCUCGCAGGCUGGAGUACUUGAGGGAACGUGCUCAGGACAAUGGCACCCAUGUGCCCACCUUCCCCCAAGACUCUCCCCCCAGGACUGGUCGUGGCGUACGUUUCCUGAUCUCCACUGAAGAGUCCUCCUACAGCCCCACACUGACUAACUCCCAGAUCCCCCUCAAGUCUGCUCUGAAGACGGUGUCUGCAAUCAGCAACACAGAGUCACUGAACAGCUCUCCAAACCUCUCCUCUGGGGAACCUGUGAAGGAGCUAGUAGAGAGCAAUGCUGGCCCCAUGGCUCCUAAGAGGAGCAGGAGGCCCAAUCGUGUGAAGAUACCCAUGGCGGAUGCACCUGAUGUUGAAGAUGACAUGUCAACAGCAGAGAUAGCAGAGUGGGAGGAGCAACAGCUGGAGGAGGCUGUUAAUUUCAAUAACUGUAAAAUAGACCCCGCCCCCUUUCAGCUGGUGGAACGGACAUCUUUGCAUAAGACACACACCAUCUUCUCACUACUUGGCCUGGAUCAUGCCUAUGUCACCAGCACCGGACGUCUGGUAGGAGUGGUCUCUCUAAAAGAGCUGCGUAAGGCCAUCGAGGGCUCUGUAACUGUGACUGGCGUGAAAGUCCGUCCCCCGCUGGCCAGCUUCCGCGACAGCGGCAACAGCAACAGCGUCUCAGAGGUCACUGAGCUUCACAAGCUCUGGAGCCGUCACAGGAGCCUGGCGCUGCCACGGGAACCUAAGCUCCCCGACCUGGAUGACCAAACAGAGCAGCCGUCCGAGGGAAGCCUGGUGAAUGAGACUGAGUGCAGUCAGAACAGCCCAUUACACACAGACGACCAAUCAGAGCUGCCCUAUUCCGAUGCCACACCCCAAGAGGAGCACCUCGCGCAGCUCCCCUGUGACUCUACCCACCUUCUGGAGGAUGGAGGCUCGGAGGUCGUUGGCGAGCAAAGCCCAGCUCCGAUGGAGGAAGUGGUGAGCAAGGGAAGCCCCUUGCCCUCAAAGGGUCAGCCGGAAUGACAGCUGCUUGCGGUCGGUAACACACACUCCAUUUACACCAUGAACGGGAUUGUAAAGUCAGGUUAAGGAAAACCUGGAGGAAGUAUUUUAGCAGUGAAGCACACUCUCUGCUCCGUACUUAAUCAAAUCAACCCUAAUCUCUGGUCCUGCCUUCACACGAAACACGCCGUGUGUGUUUGUAUGUGUGGGAUGUCAUAGAUAGCGCUGCAGUGUGAGUGCUGUGUGGCAUCGGAUGGGCUUGUAAGCAACUGUCUGUGUAUUCCUCAUCAAUUUAGGUGUCUGUUGAUUUGUGGCUUCAUAGCGCAUUUCGGUGUUGAUUUAUGUUGAUGAGAUUCAUUUAAAGACGUUUAUGUUCAAUGAUGUCAUAAGUGUGUUUGUUGAUUUGUUGCACGCUUGUGUGUGUGCUUCUUCGUCUUUGCGCAAGCGACAGAGUGUGCGUAAGAAAAGUCGAGUGUGUGUGCGAGAGUGACUCAGCUGCACCUAGCCAACGCACCCAUCUGGUGCAGACACUUUAAAUCCAAAUAAAAUUGUCUCUGAGAGCCAAACUACAAUUUUGCUCUAAAUAUAGCCCUUAAUAACCCACACUGCAAGGAGAGAGAGAGCGGGGGAAAGAAAGGGAAUGGGUGGGCAAAAGAGGACACAGAAGACAUGGAGAGAGAACAAGAACAUGAUGCAAAAUGAGCGAAAGGCAGGAAGGACACAGGAACCGGUGUCGUGGAAAGGCAGGAGAAUAAAGGGGAGAGUGGGGUAAACUGUGCUACUUUUUAUUUAGAUCAGGGGUAGGCAAUGUUGGUGCUGGAGUGCCGAUGUCCUGCAGAUUUUGGCUCCAACCCUGAAAAAAACCCUCACAUAUCUGUAGCCUUAGUAAUCUUAAAGACCUUGAUUAGCUUGUUCAGGUGGGUUUGGUUAGGGUUAGAGCUAAACUCAGGACUAACGUUGCUGACCCCUGAUUUAAACCAGGCAAGAAGAAAUAAGUCAUCAGGGAAAUUAAUAUGCCUGAUUAUAUUUCAGAACAGAUAAAGGUACAAAUAUAUUACUAGGAAAAAAAAAAAAAAUGGCUGAGUGACACAACUUACCCCACAUUAGAGGUAAGAUGUGCCAUGUAUGUUGAGUCAUUGGGGAAUAUUUGAACUAUUUCAGGUAAAAUAUGAAUAACUGAUGAACAUUAAUCUUAUAUUUUUAUGCUCAAUAUUCACCAACCAGAAAAAUGUGUUUUUGCAUGUACUGUAGCAUGCAUACUGUUUAACAGUUAAUAGCCUCUUUUGUUUUCUACACUGGCAAUUCACCAAAAUGUAUGAUAAAUAUUUUUAGACGUGGUUAAAUUUGUUUUGAGAUCAAACUCAUUUUACCUGCCAUGCAGAAAAUUUCCUUUGACAUGCAUUUUUUUCACACACACACAAAAAAAAUUUUGACUAUUGUGAAUCACAGGCAGCUGAAUACCACAGACCUUUUUAAAAACGUGGUCAUUUGACAAAAACCUUCCAGUUUACUCGAUUACAGGGAUGGCAUAUCUUAUCCCACUCUCCCCUACAAAACCAACAGCGACUCAUGCUGAGGAGUUUCCAACCAGAGUAGUUUUGAAGCACAUUGUAAUUACCAUUCAAACAAAACACAGCAAUACACAGGCGUUUUCCAUACUGACAGCAUCAGAAAAAAACUCCUUUAACAAAGCAUCAUUGAGCAUACGGUUGGAUGGAGUUGCCUGUAAUUGCGAGUAAUGAUAUCCCACAAUAUGUAGGCAUGUUAAGCAUGCGCCGAUCUGUAUCAGGACCAGUUUGUAGCAUAGCUGCCUGGUCAUUUAAAAUGUAUUAAAGCAUCUCCCCUUAAAGCUUGAAAUACUCAAGAGAGACUCCAAGUGGAGAAACGGAGCCUCUUAAAUUCUUAAUUAUAUGCAUGAAACCCAAUGCAAUCAUUUGCAUGCUCACACACGCGCAUAAACAAUAUGAAUCAUUGCUUUCCAGCAAGCUUAAAUAGCCUGCAUAGGCCUGUUUCACGUUACUUCAUCAGGUUAAUUUACAUGGCCUUUUGCUUUUUUCUUCAAGGACAGAUUUGUUCAGAAAUCCAGAGCGCAAUACUUUUCGCAGAUUCUCACGGUUUGUCACAGAUUUAGACGGCAGUGUAGAUUGAGGGAAGCUUUCGAUUGUGUUAGUACCAGCCUUUGUAUAAAUACUAUUGCAGGGAGUUUGUGGUCAAUGUCAUCCAGCAAUCAUCAAAGUAUUAACGAUGGAUAUUCUGUGUACCUGCGAUCGCGUCUUAUUCGAAAUUGUUUUGCAUAUGCGCGAAGCUUUUUCAUUUGAUUUUUAGCUGCCAACUGUGCAAUAAUGUCUUUAUUAAAAUUACUGCUUGCCAAAUAGGGUUAUUUUAUUGAACUCUGCUUCUACAGUGCAUAUUAUUUUGAAACCGUUUGCAAUCAUGCACAUCAUGAAUGGGACAUGUAUUGAAACAAGGCCUUCAGAAUUUGUUUUCACAACUUGCAAAGGGUUUACUGGACUUCAACAUUGGAGUUUUCACUAGUAUCAGCCUGGGAAUGAAGUAUAAUGUUCUGUUUGCAUCAAAACUGUGGGUGAACGACGCGAUGCAGUAUGGUCAAGAACAGCACAACUACCCCAGACACAGCCUAAGCAGAGCUAAAUGGAGAAUGAGUUACGUUUCUUUUUUCUUGUUCACUGAAGAAAUGGGAGGCCACGGGUUUGAUUUAAACGGAUCAAGGCAAGUGGACCAAAACCAUAACACUGACUUUCUGACACAGCCUUUUCUCAUUCUCUCAGAAACGCCUGCGAGGGGUUCUGUGAGCCACACGAGCGAAAUGUUUCCUCGCCAUUCAUCCGGCUGCACUAAUCAGCUGUUUUAUUAACGUUUGUUAUGAAACCGAAUCCUGAAGUGGGAGGGGAUAACUUAAACUAAUAAUGAUCUUUAGACAUGUUGUGUCAUGUUUUGUCUCUGUUUGCCGCUUGUGGAGUUUAAGUCAAGCCCACGGUGUGUAAAGUGUCUGCUAAUAGCCGCACAUUCAGUGUAGAGUUAAGCAAUAAGUCUGCUCCCAUAUAAACGUAAAUGGUUUUUAACAAAUCAUUUGCUUGUACAGACCACAGGGUAAAGCGGUAUGUAUAUGAACUCUACUCACAUACCCUGUACAUAUAGAGAUGAGCAUAUUGAAUCAGCGGUUACCAUUAUUUUUCAGAAAACAUGAAAUUGUUUUGUACAUCAGUAAAUAUUAAAUUUCAACUUUAAAGC